AUGAGUCACCACCAGCCAUCGUAUGGCGGUUAUCCCGGCCAGUCCUACCACCAGCAGCCGCCCCCCCACCAGCCGUACCCCCAGUCGCAUCAGCCGCCGCCGCAGCCCAACCCGUACGGAUACGGCCACUCGCCCCAGCCGGCUCAGCCCUAUGGGGCACCACCUCCCCAGCACGGUUACAAUGCUCCUCCGCCAUCCGGGUACGGUCAGCAGCCAAUGCAAGGAAGACCAGCAUACGGUCAAGGCGCCCGUCCGCCUCCCCCUCCUACCAACCCCGUCGCUUUCGGUCACGGCGCCCCGCAAGGCUAUAACUUCCAAUACUCCCGCUGCACGGGAAAGAGAAAGGCAUUGCUGAUUGGUAUCAAUUACUUUGGCCAGAAAGGCCAGCUUCGCGGAUGUAUCAAUGAUGUCAAGAAUAUGUCGAGCUAUCUGAACCAAAACUUUGGCUAUGCUCGCGAAGACAUGGUACUUUUGACUGAUGACCAGCAAAACCCGAUGAGCCAGCCGACCAAGGCAAAUAUCCUCCGAGCUAUGCACUGGCUGGUUAAGGACGCUCAACCCAAUGAUUCUUUGUUCUUCCACUACUCCGGUCACGGCGGUCAGACACCCGACUUGGAUGGCGAUGAAGAGGACGGGUAUGAUGAAGUAAUUUAUCCAGUGGAUUUCCGAGUCGCAGGUCACAUCGUUGAUGACGAGAUGCACCGGAUCAUGGUGCAGUCCCUACGACCCGGUGUCCGGCUCACAGCGAUCUUCGAUUCCUGCCACUCUGGCUCCGCACUGGACCUGCCCUACAUCUACUCCACUUCCGGUGUGCUCAAGGAGCCCAACCUGGCCAAGGAGGCUGGACAAGGAUUGCUUGGUGUGGUGUCGGCAUAUGCACGUGGUGACAUGGGCAGCAUGGUGUCGACUGCUAUGGGCUUCCUCAAGAAGGCCACCAAGGGCGACGAAGUGUACGAACGCAACAAGCAGACCAAGACCAGUCCCGCAGAUGUCAUCAUGUGGUCCGGCAGCAAGGAUGACCAAACCAGUCAAGAUGCCCAGAUUGCCGGCCAGGCCACUGGUGCCAUGUCGUGGGCAUUCAUUGCCGCUCUUCGGAAGAACCCUCAGCAGAGUUAUGUUCAGCUUCUGAACAGCAUCCGUGAUGAACUUGCCAGUAAAUAUAGUCAGAAGCCACAGCUGAGCUGCAGCCAUCCUCUGGAUACCGACAUCCUCUAUGUGAUGUGA